UUUCGGAUCAAGCACCUAAGCAAACCCUCCUCCUUUCAUUGGUGGUCCUCUCCCCUACUCUCUCUCUAACUUCCACCUCUCUCUCUCUCUCUCUCUGCAAGUCUCUCCCCCUCUCUCUGCAACUCCCUCUCUCUCUCUGCAACUCUUUCUCCCCCUCUCUCUUCAACUCCACCGAGCCCCCACCAUCUUGGAGGAGAUGAAAAGCGCGGUUUCACUUUCUCUCUCUAACUUGUUGCCCCAACCUCACAGGAAGGCCCUGCUUUGUGCCCUCUACGCUCUCCUCCCCCUCGCUCUCUUACUCCGUUUCUCUCUCUCUCCUCCCACAAACCAAUUCCGCCACCCUUUCCCCAACCCCAAAAUCCACCUCCCCCGCUCCCACAAACCCAUUUCACCAUACCCCAUCAAAGAAGACUCCGAAAUCCACCUCCCUGCAAUUCAAAAACCAGUUUCACCUGACCCCAUCAAAGAAGACGCCAAAAUCGCCAUCUCUUCUGUACAAAUACCCAUUUCACCACACCCCACAAAAGAGGCAGAGACGCCAUCAUGUGAUAUCUUCGAUGGAAAAUGGGUAGCUGACCCCUCUCCCCCUCUCUACAAUGGAACCACCUGCUCCACCAUUAAAGAAAACCAGAACUGUAUGGCCAAUGGCCGUCCUGAUACAGGCUAUCUCCAUUGGAAAUGGCUUCCCUCUGAUGGCUGCUCUCUCCCCAAAUUCAAUCCCUCUGGCUUUCUCUCUCUAUUUCAGAACAAAAACCUCGCUUUCGUUGGAGAUUCGAUGUCCAGAAACCAACUCGAAUCUCUCCUGUGUCUCCUCUCGUCUUUUUCUCCAUCACCACAGCUUCUAUACAGUGACACAGAAAAGAAAUUCAGGAGAUGGCGCUUCAAUUCCCAUAACCUCACCGUCUCUGUCUAUUGGUCUCCAUUUCUUGUUCAUGGUGACGAGAAAUCGAGCGCCUUCAACUACAAUAAGCUCUAUCUACACAAGGUUGAUGAAAAAUGGUUGAAGGAAUUGGACCAGAUGGAUAUGGUGGUGAUUUCAGCUGGUCACUGGUUUCUUCACCCUGCUCUAUACACAGAGAGAGAUGAGCUUUUGGGGUGCCAUUAUUGCCCUGAUCUCAACUUAACAGAGGUGGGAUUUUAUGGAGUUUACAGAAAAGCUCUCAUGGCGGCUCUAAAGGGGAUUGCAGAGAGAGAAAGCUUUAAGGGGCUCACAGUUUUGAGGACAUUUUCGCCUGCGCAUUUCGAAGGGGAGUGGGAUAAAGCCGGGGCCUGUCCUAGAAAGGCGCCAUUUGAGGAGAGAGAGAGAGCUUUAGAGGGCAUGGAUAAGGAGAUGAGAGAGAUUCAGGUUGAAGAGGCUGAAUCAGUGAAGAAAAAAUGGCCGGAAUUUGGAAAGAGAUUACUGGUUUUAGACGUUACAAAGCUUGCUCUGAUGAGGCCUGAUGGCCACCCUGGUCCUUAUAUGAAUCCUUUUCCAUUCAUUAAUGGCGGAGAGAAGAGAGAGAGAGUGCAAAACGACUGCGUCCAUUGGUGUUUGCCGGGUCCUGUAGAUACAUGGAAUCGGUUACUUCUCGAGAUGGUAACACGAUACCAAAAAUCAAGAAAACCCCAUUAUCCGGCAAAUGUCCCCUGAAGUUCGCCAGUGAAACAGCGACAUUGCAGCUUCUCUCUGCAAAUUUCACCGGAAAAAUUCAUGAGACGGCCAUGAAUGCUUUCUCUCCAACUCUUUCCUGGAACCGAAUAGUACAGACUCUUUAGACUCUGCAAAUUUUGCCCGAAAUACUUGUGGAACAUGGUUUUCUCUGUAAAUAUGGCCGGAAUUCGCCGGAAAACUUUGAUGAUAGAGAAAAUAGCAUUUUCCGGUGGUUUACAGCACGACAUUCAAGAGGAUUCCGGCGACGGGUAUAGUAAUUGGAAACAUGAAAAGUGAAAAGGAAAAGGAGAGGAGUGGAGCACGAGACGAAGGACGAGGUUCGCUACUUUUAGUUUUUAUUGUUAUUUAUUCAUUUAUUAUUUGUGUUUAUUAUUAUUAUUAUUAUUAUUUUCUUUUAUGCGUUUUGUUGGAUUGUGGUUUGAGUGCAGCGACUGUCGCCAUGUAGGCAGGACAUGAUUCUAACUGUUUUUUAGAGAGAGAAACUCAAGAAAUGGGCUCUAGAGAGAGAAAAUAUAAGAGGUUUCAUUAAUGGAAAAAGUCUUUAUUUAUUGUAAUUUGUAUGCAAACAUUAUUUCAAGAGUGAGUGAGAAAAUGUUGGAGCU